UUCUACAAAAUUAAUGUUGACAGUAUGGGCUUGUGAGACCGGCAAGAAUGAAGCCAUGGAGAUCAACAGCACCGUUUACGACGUGUUCAACAGCACCAGCAAUCAGCAAAUAAAAUACGAGAUGCAGCUGUUUUCUUUGCAAUUAUCGCAUUGUAAAAAUACAUUCUCUGCAAAGGGGCUUACCGUGGACGCUACGCUCCUCACUAAGAUGGCAGGUAGCAUUGCCACGUAUUUAGUAAUUUUGAUACAAUUUCUGUUCAUGUCGAAUUCUUGCGAUGGAUAAUCUGUAAUAGAUGUAAUUUAGUCGACAAAGAGAUACAUUAUGGUUGAAUGUAGAAGAUAUAUUUUAAAUCGUUGAGUAGAGGCUCUGUUGGAAAUCCAAUCGUGAAGAAAAUAGGGCUAAUUAAGAAUCAUUAGUUCGAACUAAUUAUUGACUGAAUAAAUCUUUUGCAU